AUGAUUUUUGGAUUAGGAAGGUUAUUUUAUGUUGUAUUAUUGCUAGUGAAUGCAGUUGCGGUGUUGAAUGAGCAGAGGUUCUUGAGGAGGAUUGGUUUAGGGUCGAAAUCAAAUCAACCAUCGUUCGGUCAACCGGAAAACUCUACGAAGUCGAAGUUAAUACAUUUGAUAAGCGCUGUUCAGACGCUACUGAGGAUACCGUUAAUUGCAAUCAAUAUUCUGGUGAUCGUAUACGAGUUAAUUCUAGGUUAG